AUGAAACUCGUCAACUACGCCGCCUGGAUCCCCGCCGAAAGGGCUUCUCUGGAAGUUGCCACUGCUCCGUUCCCUGACAUUGGGGCUGGAGAAGUCAUUAUCAGAAAUCGCGCCGUCGCCGUGAACCCUGUCGACUGGAAGAUACAGACCUCGGGCGGCUUCGAACUCAGAUACCCGUACAUCCUCGGCGACGAUGUGGCAGGGGAGGUGAUCGAAGUCGGCAAGGACGUCAAACACCUCAGGAAGGGCGACCGCAUCAUCGCCCACGCUCUCGGGUUGGGCAACGGGAGUGCCUACGGCGGGUUCCAGCUGUACCCGAGGCUCAAGACGGCGGUGGUGGCCAAGAUCCCAGACAGUCUCGACUUCAGACACGCAGUGGUCCUGCCGCUGAGCAUUUCCACUGCGGCCGCGGGACUAUACUUAAAGUCUGGUCUCGGAUUGACGUAUCCGGUUCUGAAAAAGGCUACAGCUACGACUACAACUGCGACUGCUGGUAGGACUAAGACUAGUUCUCACGCCGCCAUGUCCGUGUCAUCGCUUUCACUAGACCAUCAAUCUCCUUUGCCCACGACUGAGGAGAAAGGAACGACACCGGUCCUUCUUCUUUGGGGAGGGUCUUCAUCCGUCGGAUCGUCCGUGAUCCAGCUCGCCGUGGCGUCGGGAUAUAGCGUCGUCGCGACAGCGUCUCCCGCGAACUACGCUUAUGUCAAAGCACUCGGGGCUACUUUGGUCCUGGACUACCAUAACCCCGACAUUGUGGCGAUCUUGGCUUCAUUACUCGAGUCGCAUUCCGUCGUGGGGGCGUACGACGCCAUCGGGUCGCCAACAACAGUCGGGCAGUGUGCUACUGUCUUGGGUUCGUUGCGGGGAGGAAGGAUAGUCAGUGUUGGCGCGGCGCCAGACGAUCUCCCGUCCAAGGUCGAGGUGAGCAGGAUCUCAAGUGGUAACAUCACUACUGAGGAGGACGGCCUAGUGGCCAGGAAGGUUUGGCAAGAGUAUGUCUCUGGAGCGCUGGAGGAGGGCACUCUCAAGCCUGCACCGGAAGAACUGGUCGUCGGGAAUGGACUGUACUAUGUACAAGGUGGGCUCGACCGGCAGAAACAGGGUGUCAGUGCGAGAAAAGUCGUCAUUACGCUAUAG